AUUUUGUAAACACACGUGCUAGCGACCAGUCGUGUUGAAUUCGUGGUUUAGUGUUUCCUCCGAAAAUCCGCUUAAAAUCAUGAAAAAAGACAAGAAAUCCACAUCCGCGAAGGUAGCGAAGAAGGUGGCACCGGCGCUCGUUCCGGAGGAGGGCAAGUUCGACCUCAUCAAAACGAUCAACGAGGACGACGAGGUGGAAAAUCUGUCCGAAGAGUCGGACGUUGAAGUCGAGUACCAACCGUCGAAGUUGAAGAAGCAAAAGCAGGGUGAUUUCGAUAGUGGAUUUAAGUUUGUUUCGUCGGUGAGCGAGUACAAUCACGAUACUUGGGAUGAUUUGAUGAAGUUUGUGAAGAAAAAGAACCGCGGCAAGGUGGACGAUAAGAUUGCGAAUGUGAUUAAGGGUCGUUCGGGGAAGAAUGCGGAGGUUUUGAACGGUGACGAUGAGGUUGAUCCGGAUUCGUACAACGCGGAGAUUGAUUUGUCCGAUGAUGAGUUGAAGCAUGAUACGAUGCGGACCAAGGAGAAGAAGGGCAGGAAGAGGGAGGUUUCGGAAAAUGAUGGCAAGGUUGAGAUUGAGGAUGAGGACGAAGAGCAGCAGGACUUUUUUGAGGAGGCGGGUGGGAAUGAGGAGAUUUCUUCGUUCUACCAGAUGAAUUUGUCGCGUCCGCUGAUGAAGGCGAUUGGGUUCCUUGGGUACAUCUACCCGACGCCGAUUCAGGCGGCCACGAUUCCGAUCGCGCUGAUGGGACGCGAUGUUUGCGGUUGUGCGGCGACAGGAACGGGUAAAACGGCCGCGUACAUGCUGCCAACGUUGGAACGGUUGCUGUACAAACCGAGCGCGGCUCAAGCUGUGACACGGGUGUUGGUGCUGGUUCCGACGCGAGAGUUGGGCGCCCAGGUUUACCAGGUGACGAAACAGUUGACGCAGUACACGAGCAUCGAGGUUGGGAUUGCGAUCGGUGGGUUGGACGUGAAGGCCCAGGAGGCGGUUCUGCGCACGAAUCCGGACAUUGUGAUUGCCACGCCGGGUCGGUUGAUUGACCACAUCAAGAACACGCCAAGCUUCUCGCUGGACUCGAUUGAGGUCUUGAUUCUCGAUGAAGCUGACCGUAUGCUGGACGAGUACUUUGCCGAGCAGAUGAAGGAAAUCAUUCAGAGCUGUAGCAAAUCGCGCCAGACGAUGUUGUUUUCGGCUACGAUGACCGAUCAGGUGAAAGAUCUGGCCGCGGUUUCUCUUUCCAAGCCGGUGAAGGUGUUUGUCAACAACAACCAAACGGUGGCCUUCAACCUGCGCCAGGAGUUUAUCCGAAUUCGCGAGAGUCGUGACGCCGACCGGGAACCCAUUCUGGCGGCGCUCAUCUGCCGGACGUUUCACGACCAUUGCAUGGUGUUUGUGCAGACCAAAAAGACCGCCCACAGGUUGAGAAUUCUGCUCGGACUGUUGGGAGUGAAGGCCGGCGAGUUGCACGGAGAUUUGACCCAGUCGCAGCGUUUGGAAUCGCUGAAGCAGUUUAAGGACGAGCAAAUCGACGUCCUCGUGGCCACCGAUGUCGCCGCGCGUGGUCUCGAUAUCAGUGGAGUCAAAACGGUCAUCAACUUCGUAAUGCCCGCCACGAUGGAGCAUUACAUCCAUCGCGUUGGACGAACGGCUCGUGCGGGAAAAGCCGGUGUGUCCGUGUCGCUUGCCGGAGAGCUGGAGCGCAAGAUCGUGAAGGACAUUAUCAAAAAUGCGGUGAAUCCGGUCAAAAAUCGCAUCAUCCCGAACGAAAUUGUGGAAAAGUAUCGCAAGAAGGUCCAAGCGCUGGAGGAGGAAAUCGAAAACGUUUUGCAGGAAGAGCACGCGGAAAAGUUGCUCCGCCAAACCGAGCAGCAGCUUAGCAAGACCGAAAACAAGCUGAAAGGCAUCUCUAACGGACCGAGCCGCGAGUGGUUCCAGAACUCGCACGAGCGCCACCAGGAAAAGGAACGCCUCUCGAUAAAGACGGACGAGGAAAAGGCCGAAAAGAAGAAGCAAAACAAAAACAAGCGCAAACGUGGCGGCGACGACAGCGAGGACGAGUUCGACCCGAUCAAGUACCAGCAGGAAAAGAAGCAAAAGGUGGCGAAAAGGGCGAAGGCCGAAGUGGCGAAAACGCCCAAGCAGCUGGCGAAGGAACGCGCCCUGCAGGAGCUAACCAAGGUAUCGAUGGUGCAGGCGAAGCUGUCCAAGAUCAAGAGCCGACCGUCGCGGGUGACCGCCACCGAGGAGGAGAAGGAAUCGUCCAAGGGUGGCAAGCCAUUCAAGCAAAAGAAGCGAUCCCGCUUCGAGCGGGAUCUCACCGAUGUGAGCAAGAAGGGCGUGAAGAAGUUGAGGUACGACGCAACGAAAAAGCAAAAGAUGGACAAAUUCGACAAGAAAAAGGUGUCCAACAUGAAGAUGAGCGCGGACAAGUUCCGCAACAAGAAGGGUCUCAACAAGCAGAACAAGGGCAAAUCGUUCGGUCCCCGAAAGGGCAAGCGCUAAACUUUGUGUUUCGUGUAAUAUUUUGAUACCGAUUCAAUAUAAAAAUUUAUUGAAAGUU